AUGUCCAAGUCUGUACUAUCCUCACUAUCCCCAUCCCCAUCCUCACCCCCUGCAAAUCCAACCGAGUUCUACGACUCUCCUCACGAACGCCAUGAACUUCUUCAUUCCUCGAACGGGACGUAUUCAGUUGCAUCGCCCUCAGCCAGGUUGACGCGAACUGUUGCAAUAAUCAAGACACACGCAUUGGAGCAGCGUCUAGACAUCGAACACCGUCUUCUGGAGGCAAAUUUCGAGAUAAUCAAAGAACGCCAAAUGGAGUUUGAUACGGAGACGGAUCCCGACACAUUUUUCGAGCUUUUCGGCGAUGAUGCUCGGUUCCUUGACGACGGUCCAGUCUGGGUCUACAUUCUUGAGCGCAGACGCGCCGUCCAAGUUCUUCUCACAUUAAUGCCUUCACUUAAUGAUGCAAUAAUAGGCGCAAAGCACGAAGAGCAAGCAGAAAUCCAAAUCGCAUCUCUAUUUGCCUCCAGCCCUCCCUUUCCCACCAGCGAUCUCCCUGCAGCAGAUGAAGAGCUGGGUUCAAAUGACGAAUUCGACCCCGGUUCUGUGCGCUCGAUCGACUCUGCGAUACUGGAAGCUCUCAAGCUAGGUUUGAGCGCCCCUCCAGGCGUGCUCACACCAUCCUGUGGGUCUUCAGACGCGCGUGCACCGCAAUUUUCAGCACGCCCAAGCCUCAGUUCCAAUGGAUCACCCAAUGGAAAACAACCAUUUCGUGCACGGCCGCUUCCAAAGACACAUCUUACUCCUGAUAUAUCUCCACGCACAACAAAAGCCGCCCUUCUUCGCCAAGGGCUGACUCCAGACGGCUCCAAAGCGUCUCCACUCAAAUCACGAAUGUCCACGGCUAGCACUGGCCGCAUCCCACUUCUUCGUACGGAGAAAGAGAAUAAAGUGGAGAAAGAGAUGGAGAAAGAGAGGAUUAAGAGGACGUUUGCGGGCGUUCCAGGUCACAAGCGCUCUGAGACGGUCACUGUUGCGUCUACUGCGCCACCCACCAUUACCCCGAGGUUGACCAAGGCAGCCGCCCUUCGGUUGGGUCUUGCCCAGCCCGUCUUACCUCCCGGGCGGAGGCGUCCAUCGACAGCUGGACGCGAACGCAAAAAUAUUUUUGAUGGUGUUCCUGGGCACAAGCGUCGCCAAUCGAUACCUGUCGCGAGCACAACUGCAGCUCCGUCUAUAGUUCCCAGAACCAAUAAGACUGCAGCUCUUAGAAAGCAGGGCGGACCUCCUCCGAGCAGUUUCAUGUUUCGUACUCCGUCUUCUCCCAAGGUGCCUGGCGGUGCUGGCACUCAGUCAAGAAGCAGCUCUUCUCUCAGCGCUUAUCCUGACAAUACUGGACCGGACUCUGCUACUCGGACCCGUGCAAGUUCCACGCUGCCGUCUCGGGCAUCCUCUCGUGUCUCCCAUGUCGCCCCGAGGGCAAGUCUAAACAACACCAAUAACUAUUCCUCUCGGGCUUCUGAGAGUUCUGCGGUGAGCACGACGAGCACUGCCAGCAUGGACGAACUCGACAAAGCUGCAUCAUCGCAACGAUCGGUGCGCCGACUGAGCAGCCUUCAAGCUCCCUCUAUCGUUCCCCGCGUCAACAAAAGUGCCGUGCUCAGGGCUCAAAAGCUGGCGGAAGAAGCGGCUAAACCAAAAAGCCCUUGGGCCAAUGCAUCUAAGCGGUAG